CCCUGAGGGGCCGGGCCGGCGGGGACGGGGUUUUGCCGCUUUUGGAGUGAGCUGAGCAAAAUAUCUUGAAGUAACAAAGAAUAGUUUGAAGUAACAAAGAUUUCCCGUUCUCUCCCAAGUACCGACACAGAAAAAGCUGAGUUGUAUCGGGGACAAUUUUUCACUAACUUCAUCCUCGGUUUUGUAUUCAGCAGCGUACACUGAACAGCGAAAUGUCCUCAAAGAAGAAAAUAAAGAAGAAACAUAGCAGCUAUAAGCUAGAGGAGCACAAAGCCGACUCCAGUCCUCGCUGGAAAUCGCUUCCACUUGAGGAACCGGAUGUCUCAAGGAUAUUGAAGGUAGCAGAAACAAAUCAACUUGAGGACCUUGAUGAUUCCUUUGAUCACCCUUUGCACAGCACUGCUGUGGAUGCUUAUGGAGAGGGACAUUCACAAAACGAGGCACUCGGUCGUGUUUCAGCAUCACAAAGGCAAAAUACGGACAGACGGCCUGCUGGGAAGAAAAAAAAAUUUAAAAAACCACGUCACUCAAAGCCCUCCAGUGGUGAUGUCGAGGAAUUCAACACAGCUGAUGCUGGAGAGGAACCCCUUAAGGAGAAUGUGGCAAGACAGGAGCAGCCUUCAGAGGAGAGCCCAUCAGAUCCUUCUGUGGAUAGUCCACUUUCUGUACAGGUUUGGUGUCCCAAAGAGCUGAAGAGAUCUCCUAGAGAUAUUACAGAACUGGAUGUUGUUCUGGCCGAAGUUGAGAAGAUAGCAGCAAAUUACAGACAAAGCAUAGAAUCAAACACUUGCAGAAAGGCUAUCAGUGACUUUUCUUCUGCUUUCAAGGAUCAAAUCACUGAUCUUAUAGCAGGAGUCCAGGAAUUAAAGAAUAUGAAGAAAAAAAAUGCUAAGGCAAUAACCAGCAUCAAAAAGAAAAGGCAGCAACUGGUGCAAGCCAGAGAAGAGCUAAUUGGAGCUGAACUGCAACUGACACAACUACAAAGAGAAUAUGCUGAGUUACAGGAAAAGAAAUCUUCCUUGAGGCAUACAGUUGAAUUAAUUACUGAUUUAAAGGAGCUACAGCAAGACUGUUUGGAUUAUAGAGAAGAAAACCCAAAAGAAAAAGUGGUAUAUGGAACUUCCAGCCUCCCUGCUCUUCUGGUGGAGUCUCGGAGAAUUCUAGGAGCAGAAAGGCACUUUGAGAGUAUCAAUAUGAAAUUGGAAGAGGCUCUGGCUGUACAAAAAGAGCAGAAAUCAAAGAAAAAUUAAGUGUCUUUU